AUGGCUUGUAUAAGAAACAUAAGUUCAAUAUUAAAAAUAUCUGAAAACGAAAAAGAACAAACAAAUAAAAACAGUUCUGAAGAAAUUCAACAUAAAAAAACUAAAAAUAACAAAAUAAUUUUAAAUGUAGAUUUUAACGACUCCCGGACUUAUCUAGAAGAACUUAAGAAAGCUGAUUUAAUGUAUAUAAAGAAAAAAGCAAACGCUAAAUUUGAUUACACCACUAAAAUAAAUUUAAAUCCUGUUAGUCAAAUUCUUAAGACGGAUUUGGAUAUAAUGAAGGAUAGACAAAGAGUUGCUCAAUUAAAAGACUUCAACAACGAAAUACAAGAAAGAGAAAAAGAAAAUAACUUUGUUAUCAGUACAAUUUUACAACAGUACAGGGAAUUAUAUUUGAAAAAUAAUGGAAAAUUACCAAUGGUAUUUCCCACGGCAGAAGAACAGUUGGCAUACAUUUUAAAUUUCUAUAAAAGAUUAGUAAAACGAAUGGAAAUUUACGAAAACAUAGUAUCAGGCAAAAAGACAGUAAAAGAUUAUAUUGCAGAAACAAAAAAAUAA